AUGGCGCCCAAAGAAAAGCUGGAGCCGACCAAGCAGCCCCUGACGGCCGUGCUGCUGGCGGACAGCUUCACACAGAGGUUCCGCCCGAUUACGGUGGAGCGGCCCAAGGUGCUGCUGCCGCUGGUCAAUGCGCCGCUGAUCGAGUACACCCUGGAGUGGCUGGCCCUCAACAAGGUCGAGGAGAUCUACGUGUUCUGCUGCGCCCACGCGGACCAGAUCAAGAAGUACCUGGCAGACUCGAAAUGGCUCAAGCAGCGCUCACCCCGCAUCAUCACGGUCGUCUCCCGCAACUGCCUGUCAGUGGGUGAGGCCCUGCGCGCCCUGGACCAGAAGGACCUCAUCAAGGGGGACUUCAUCCUAGUCAGCGGGGACACCGUGGCCAACGUAGACCUGGCGCCGGCGCUGGCGGCCCACAGGGCGCGGCGGGAGAAGGACAAGAACGCCAUCAUGACCAUGGUGCGGUGGGGGGCUGUGGGUGUGUUUGUGUGA